ACAAAUUAAACUUUCUUUUCCUCCGUCGACAAAACGGAAAAAGAAUUCGAGUCCGACUUUGCAUGGGUAGAGUCCAGAUUUUAAGGGCCUUAGCGCUGGUCCAUCGCGCCUUAUAAUGUAUUUCAAGCCAAUAAUUACAUUUGUUGCGCUCAAGUCAAGUUGUGCUGGUCCUCCUGACGGCUCUCAGAGGUGGCAGCAGCCUUGGUAGCGGAAAAACAUCUGCUCGGGACAGACCCCCCCGACUAACCUCCUCCCUCUUCUUCGAGCAAGGGAUAUUUCAUACUUAUCAAAGCACAGCACCAAUCACAGGAAAACCAGUAUAUUUUAAAAUUUAUAUCAGGACAUGUCAUUUACAUUCGGCUUCGACUUACCUUCGAACCCAUCAACGACAUCAAACACUGUGGCCCAACUCGGAGCGUCUCCGUCCUCUCAUACGACCUGGGGACAUGCCACUUCAACACCACGCGUAAUCCACCUCGAUGAGUUGACCACAGCUCCUGCAUUUUGCUCGAUAAGUGUACUUACUCGCACAUAUGACGAUCCCAAGGGACAUUUUCGUGUGGUUAAAAAUGUGGAGGGAGUGAUUGCCGACUUGCCAGAGGGAAGUGAUCUCGUUCCUGGCGUGUAUGAGGGAGGCUUGAAGAUCUGGGAAUCCAGCAAGGAUUUAGUCUGUUACCUCCAGAACCAAAGAAUAAUUCGACCUCCUUAUCGUGUGCUGGAGCUGGGAUGCGGCCACGGGCUUCCAGGUAUUCACGCUUUACAACAAGGGGCUGAUAGUGUGGUUUUCUCCGAUUUGAAUGAGGAGGUCCUCCGGGAGGUUACACGACCUAACAUAUUUCUGAAUGUAGCUAAUAGAGCGCUAUCCUCUGCAAGGAUAAGCUUGAUCUGUGGCGACUGGGAGGCAUUGCCCCAAAUUCUUGGUGUAGACAAGCCGGUAGACUUUAACGUCAUUGUUAGCGCAGAGACAUUUUACACGCCUGCUGUUACAAACAAACUUUUGCGUUGCAUUCAUCGCUACUUAGCCAAAACACCGGAGGCAUUGGCAUUGGUGGCUGGUAAGCGGUACUACUUUGGCACAGGCGGAUCUGUGGCCAAUUUGAUGUCGCAAGCCAGUGCUCUUGGCAUGCGGAGUCGUGUGGUGGCCUCGUCUGAAGACGGGAGAAGCAACAUCCGAGAUAUCGUGGAGAUAAGAUGUAAGAUGGAAGGACUUGUAAGGGGGGAAAAAAUAUAAU